AUGGCUAUGUUCGGUUACAUGACCACGGAUUAUGACUCCAUUGACAUGACGCACUCACUCAAAAUUGAAGCCAGUGGCACCGAUAUGAAGAGCCUUUUGUUCCAGUUCCUCGACGAAUGGCUUUUCGCUUUCUGUGCAGAUGAAUUCUUCUUCCCAAGGGUGAUCAAAAUAACUGAAUUCGACAGGGACAAUUUUCGCAUAAAAUCCGUGGGAUGGGGUGAGCCUUUUGAUUUAAAGAAGCAUCCUCAGGGCACUGAAGUGAAGGCCAUCACGUACUCCAACAUGCAGAUUCACGAUACCGAUGGACAUCAUGAAGUUUUCGUCAUAAUUGAUAUAUAG